AUGGCGAGCGCUGGCGCUGUACUCCUGGAGGCCAGGCCUUUCAGGCCCUUCAAGUCCUCAGAGGAAUACCUUUAUGCUAUGAAAGAAGAUUUAGCCGAGUGGCUGACGGUUCUUUACCCCGAAUUAAGAAUCACUGCUGAUAAUUUUCUUGAUAGACUAGACACGGGUGUCGCCUUAUGCAGGGUAGUGUUGAACAGCGCCCUGUUAUCAGGGAGUGUCGAUAAGGGGCGAGAUAACACAGAAUAG